UGAGGGAAUCCCAUGAUCCAAGUUUUCACGUAAUUGUGUCCAUCCGUAGGCUCGGAGUCCAUCGCAGCUACGGCAUCGAGGAGUCGCCCAUUCAGUGGAUCCCUGGUCUCUUCGAGGGAGAGGAGCGGGCUAUUCGACGGCAGAGCUCAGCGGGUCUCGCCACCAGAUCAAGUUCCUGGUAUUCUACUUGGUUUGGACAGGUGCUUAUAGGAUUGUCAGUUGUUGGAAGUCGAUUUGGCAGAUCGUGGUUUUAAAAUUGAAAGUAGAGAGCGAAUUUUGAUAUGAAAGGGUGAAGGAUUGGAGUUUAAUUUGGAAGAAGAGAGAAGAUACGGUUGCAAGAUGCGUGGCAAGUUUGAGAUGGAAGAUAGAAUCAGUACUCUUCCAAGUAAUAUAAUCGAAGCCAUUCUCUUGCGUCUGCCUAUAGCAGAUGCUGUUAGGUCAAGUGUCUUAUCAAGUAGAUGGAGAUACGAGUGGAGUACAAUUCCACAUCUCAUAUUUGACAAGCACAGUGUCCCAUUAUCUUUACAUUACAAACUUGACAAAAUUGUGGAUCAAGUUCUUUUACUUCAUAGCGGGCCGAUUCACAAGUUUGUUUUUGAUGGCUCUGCCUGCUUAGAAGAUUGUUCAGUUGUAAAUCGAUGGAUAACUGUUCUAUCUAGAAAUAGCCUCAAGGAGUUGGUUCUUAGAUUUUGUCCUGACAGGAUUUACAAAUUACCUUCUACUCUCUUUUUUUGUAAAGGAAUAGUUAUUUUAGAGUUGCAUGAUUGUGAAUUUAGGCUUCCUCGAGUUUUUGAAGGUUUUGGCAGCCUGUGUACCCUCAGCCUUGAAAAUGUUGUCAUUUCAGACAACGAUUUUGCAACGCUCAUCUCCAAAUGUUCACUUCUAGAGAAGGUUGCCUUUAUGGAUUUCUAUGGUUGCAGCCGUCUUAGAUUUAAUGCUCCCAAUCUCCGAGAAUUGAUAAUUGAUGGUUUAUUUGAAGAUAUCUAUCUUGAGAACACCCCAGAUCUGGCUAUCUUAUCAGUUGGUUUGGAUGAUGCUGAUGAUCUUGAUGAUGAAGGAGAUUCUGAUAAUGAAGAUCUAGAAAAUAAGGAACAUUACAAUUUCAUGACCUCUCUUAAUGCUGUGCCAAAAAUUGAGAAUUUGUCUUUGCGUCAUAACAUGUUAGAGCUCUUGGCUGGAGAUAGUUUGUUAGAUAGGCUUCCCACUUACAGUUAUUUAAAGAAAUUAUACUUAACCUGUGUUAAUUUUGAAGACACAAAGCAUAUUGCAAUCCUCCGGUGCUUGUUUCGAAGUGCCCCUGUCCUAGAAGAGCUCACCAUAGAGGCUGAUUCUGUUGACUCGAGUAAUCCUGCUGCAAGCUUUUGGGAGGGCAAAGAAUGUGCUGAUUUCAGGUUCAAUCAUCUCCGGUAUCUUACGGUGACUGAAAUUUUGGGUGUAGGACCUGAAAUGGAGCUCAUCGAGUUUGUGCUUGCUAAUUCUCCAGUGCUUGAGACAUUAUUUAUUAGGCUAGACAAUGAUGUCUGUGAUGAAGUAAAAAUCUACAAACAGAUUAUGCGGUUCCGAAGGGCAUCUACAAGAGCUGAAAUCAUUAACUUGGACUGAGGAGUACUUUAAUUACUGAUCUGUUCAAAAAAACUAGAAAAUAUAUAGCAGUGUAGAAGGGUGGACGUCAGGGCUUUCAUUAAAAGCAUAAACGUUGUUAUUGUUUGUCAGUCAGAAAUAUGGGUCUUUUAAUACAUUUUCAUAUUUCUGUUGAAAAUGCUCUCUUCCAUUGCAUAUGAAAAGAAACUGAAUGUUUUCAUCUUUAUGCACCACUAGUCCAUAAUCAAUUUGAUUAUUGAAUUAUGUUUUCAUAUAUGUAUGUAUGUAUAUCAAUGGAACAGAUAUUUCAAUAUUGA